CCACUGAUCAAUUGUAAAGUUUGUUUACUGUGGCAGAAUAAUAAACUUUGGAACGCCCCCCUCAUAUUCCAAUACUACCGGUCAUGACCAAGUGUAUUCUUUAGAUGCACAAGUAGAAGAGUUAGUGGACAAACUUUUAUAAUCUCUAGUAAGAGAAAAAAGGGUUUUUACCCUACGUUAUUUGUUGUAAGGAAAUGUACCAUAGUAUUUUUUGUGUAGUUAGGGUAGUGACUGCGCCUGGCAUGAAAUAAACAUAGUCAGUACAAACUGAGGAAUGUGAUUUACCACUUUAAAAAAGUUUUAUUUACGAUGACCCGUGGCAUUUGUAUGGGUGAUUUGUGUAUCUAUCCUGUCCCUCCAACCAGAACUGUAAACAGAACUUGAAAUCCACAAUAAGCGGUCACUGGUACUCGGAGUUUAUGUAAUUCCUCUUCACAUAAUGAUCCCAACCGAAUCAGAAGUAGAGAAUGAUGUGAUAGGGCAGUAUGGUUAAAUUACAGGUCAGGGUAUUGCAAUAUAUAAAAUCUGAGCCAAAUAGAUGUUGUAGACGUGAACACUACAAUCUAUCUAUAAGUGACAGAGUAAGGAUGCUCGACUGAAUGUCUUUAGCUAGUGCUGUCAAGCAAAACUAAAAGCGUUAGCAUCAAUGUCAAAAAUCUACAGAGCUAUUUAUCUCGAGGAUUUACGUACUGCUACACACAUAAAACUGUAAAAAUAAUUGAAAUUCAUAAUACCGGGUGAUUCAUUUUGCUCACCGAGUUGUAAAGUAACCGGAUUUAGGACUGGAAAAACAAUAUCAAAAAUCUUGAAAUUUCUGAUAUAUUUUCUAGCCUCUUCUGUCUUGUAGAGGAUCUUAAGUGCUGACCUUAAGGGAGGAUAUUUUGGUCAGGAGCGUUACAACGUGGUUGGUUGAGAUGUCUUGGUUGUUUGGCUUUGGCAAACAAACAUCAAAAGACUUCGACAUUCCUGGUGACGUCCCGCCACCACCAAGCCCACCUGCAAGUUUACAGGAUAAGAAACAGUCUAAAGAUACGGCUUCUGCUUACCGAUUUGAUUCAGCUGCACUUGAAAGAGCUGCAAAGGCAGCUAGAGAACUUGAAUCAUCUAAACAUGCGAAGGAAGCAUUUGAUCUAUCUCAAAAACAUGAACAAACUUUACAGAUGGAAUAUCAAUCAAAAAUGAAGGAGUACGAGCUUGGAUUAGAACAGAUUAAAAUACAGCAAUAUAGAGCUCAGCAGGAAGAACGCAGGAAAACGCUAGAGGAGGAGGCGAGAAUACAAAAGCAGCGCGCCGAUUAUCAAGAUAUGCUGGCUCGUAAACGUCAGGAAGAUCAAAUAGCCUUACAGGUUCGUUUUUUGAAUAGUUUUACUAAAAGGUAGGCCAAAGCUCAGGCAGACAAUCUGAAAAAACAGGAGGAAUCCGUUCAGAAACAAGAAGCAAUGCGAAGAGCAACAAUUGAAUUUGAAUCGGAUCUUCGCCACAAGAAUGAAAUGAAACAAAUUGAAGCAAAGAUUAGAGGUGAAGCUGAAGUUGAACGACAAAAUCGUGACCUGCGCCUAGAACGUGCACGUGUUGACGCCCGAGAGUAUCGUCAAACGGUCUUGGAAUCCAUAACAACUGCUGGCUCUGUCAUUGGUAAUGGUAUCAGCAAUUUCCUGUCAGAACCUGACAAGAUGGCCACUGUCAUUGGUUCACUAACGUUAUUAGCUGGCGGCGUAUAUGGGGCUAAAUAUGGGAUCGGAACAUUUACUAAAGUUGUAGAAUCUCGUAUAGGUAAACCGGCACUUGUGCGUGAGACUUCCCGACUAAAUAUAGUAGAUACUUGUCGUCACCCUAUCAAGGUUUGAAUUUUUAUAUUAGUCCAUUCAAUUUUAGACAGCCAAAACGGUCUUUCAGCGUCCUACGGAUCCUCUAGAAGGUAUAAUUUUGCGACCUGAGUUGGAAGCAUCUUUGAGAAAAAUUGCAAUUGCAACCAGACAUACCAAAGCAAAUAGAGGUUUUUAUCGAAAUAUCCUAAUGGCAGGUCCUCCUGGUACUGGAAAAACUAUGUUUGCAAAGGGUUUGGCUAUGCAUUCGGGUAUGGAUUACGCGAUUUUAACUGGUGGAGAUAUUGCACCUAUGGGCAGUGAAGGAGUUACUGCAGUCCACAAAGUUUUUGAAUGGGCCAAAACUAGUCGUAAAGGAGUUUUACUUUUUGUGGAUGAGGCUGAUGCAUUUCUUCGUAAAAGAGACCAAGAACGAAUAAGUGAAGGUGUCCGAGCAACUUUAAAUGCAUUUUUGUACAGAACUGGAGAACAGUCUAAGAAAUUUAUGUUAGUUUUAGCCAGUAAUCAACCUGAACAGUUUGAUUGGGCAAUUAAUGAUCGUAUGGAUGAAAUUGUUCAGUUCACACUACCUGGUUUGGAAGAGCGUGAACGAUUGGUCAGGCAUUAUUUCGAUCGUUUCCUUCUUCAACCUUCGUUAACCAAAAGUCACCGUAUUCGCCUAGCUGAAAACAUAGAUUAUGCUGUAAAAUGUGCAGAGAUCGCUAAAAGAACGACUGGCCUCUCUGGACGCGAAAUUUCUAAAAUUGCAGUUGGAUGGCAGACAGCUGCAUAUUCCAGCGAAGACGGUGUUUUGACAGAAGGCAUGAUGGAUGCUGUUGUCGACAGUGCUAUUGCAGCUAAUCGUCAGAAACAAGAAUGGCGACACUAUAGACUUCCUGACGCGGUAGACGCUGUUCCAAACUAGUACCACUUACAAUAAGGAAGCUACCAGCUUUUGCAUUAUGCAUCACAUCUGUUAUUUACUAAUCUAUACAUAUGAUUCCCUGUGUACCUAAUCAGUAGUCUUUUUGAGAUAAGAUCAAGUAGCUUUUUCAAUCGCCAGAUAUAGUAUAAAAUUGUCAACUAAUUUUCUCCCUUAACAAAAGGCUUGUUAUGUCUGGUUUUUCUUCACGCAAUGAACCAACAAUGAAGUUUUUUUACAAAUUCAUUAAACGGUUCUGUGGGCA